AUGCUUGGCCGCGACUACCCCGCUCUUACUCCAAAGUAUAUGAUGCACCCUAGCCUCUCUUCAACUGGGCCCCGCGCUACGACUACUCCAACAAACAGCAACGCCAUCAUCGCCAUGUUCUCGGGUUCAAAAACAGCAAGUGACUACUUUCAUGUCGCCCAAAAGCAUUAUGAAGCUAGGAAUCCCAAGUCGAAAUCACAGCAUGAGGUAGCUGCACGCCAUUUGCCGGGAGGGAAUACGCGAUCGGUGCUGCACGGGAGUCCAUUCCCAUUAAGCAUGGCCAGUGGCCGUGGGAAUCGGGUGAUUGAUCUCGAUGGACAUGAUAGGUGA